AUGGCUAGGCCUGAAACAGAAGCCAAAGGGAAGGAAAAGGCACAGGGAGCCGGAGCCAAAUCAGGGACCAGCCAGGGAACUGGAACAGAAAACAGAAAAGAAGCUAUGGAAGCGGAAAUGCAACCAGAAGCUAGACCAGAAACAACAUCGGAUGCUAAGCUAAAGGCUUUGGCAGAUUUCAACGCGGAGCCUUCCAUUUACGGCCUUGAGGAUAAGCACAGCCUAAGAGAGCUCGAAGAGCAUUUGAAGCUCGUUGAGCUUGGCCAAGCUGAGGAAAAAUCAUCAGCCAGCCCUUUGGUGGAGCAAAUAAAGACUACACCAUUGUUUUCUUCAAAAGUCAAGGGUGCAGCUCACCAUGCUCUCCCAGGUACCAACAGCGUGGAGACAUUAUUUCCUCAGUACGGCUUACUCGGACUCCGAAUCAACAGCUACACACCUGGCAGUGACGAGGGAAAUGCUAGCAUUGGGGGAGCAAAACAGAAUUUGGUGUACGCCAACAUCAAUGCUCCAUGGUCGACGUUCAUUUGCGGGAGUCAGGGCAGCGGCAAAAGCCAUACGCUUGCAUGCAUGUUGGAGAACUCGCUGCUGCAGCCAUCAACGGCAGGUAAGGUCUCAUCUCAGUUAACAGGCUUGGUGCUUCACUAUGACAAGUUCACCAGUUUGGAGACAGGCCAACUUUGCGAGGCAGCGUAUCUAUGUUCUGCGGGUAUACCAGUCAGGGUUUUGGUGUCACCAAGCAACCUGCAACGAAUGAGCCAACUGUAUUCAAACCUGCCGGGUUUGCCAAGUGACUGUCCCAGGCCAAAGGUUGAGCCGAUGCUGUUCAACGAAGACCACCUCAGUAUUGGAAUGAUGAAAUCACUAAUGGCCAUUAGUGAUGGAGAGGGUACGCCACUGUACAUGGAGAUGGUUACCAAAAUUCUUCGAGAUAUGGCGAAAGAGUCCAACGCUCGGCGAGGGAUAGAUUUUCGGGACUUUGAAAAAAAGAUCAAGGACCAGUCAAUGCUAAAAGGUCAAUUUGCACCACUGAACAUGCGUCUAGAUCUUCUCCGUUCUUUUCUAGAGGUCCCACCUAUUCCAAGGGGUAAAUCUGCCUCUCGCAAAGGUAAAGAUAGUGUUUGGAACUUUGAAAAGGGUAGCCUUACUAUCGUCGACUUGAGCUGCCCGUUCGUGGACGAGAACGACGCAUGUGCGCUGUUUGACAUAUGUAUAGGUAUCUUCCUUGAGGGUCGUGGUAAAGGAGGCCGUGUGAUUGCCCUUGACGAGGCGCAUAAGUAUCUGACAACCAAGAGUAACGAGGCCGUGACUCUGACAGAAACAAUGCUGUCCCUAAUUAGACAACAGCGCCAUCUUGCUACGAGGGUUAUCAUUGCGACUCAGGAGCCAACAUUGUCCCCAAACCUUUUGGACCUGUGCAAUGUUACGAUAGUGCAUAGGUUCAGCUCUCCUGCGUGGUUCAAGACGUUAGAAGGGCAUGUUGCGGCAGCCGUUAUGGACGUUAUCGCGUCUCGUUCCUCAAAGUACAGCACCGGUGGGAUCUUUUCCCGCAUCGUUGGCCUUGGGACUGGGGAGGCUCUGGUGUUCUGUUCCAGUGCCAUCCUGGACGUCAACCGCGGGGACAACAUGCAACGAGAGGGCGAUCAAUGGGCCCGUCAGGCUGCUCACUCUGUCAUGAUCGAGCAAGGAUCGUCUUAUUUCAAGAUGAAGGUGCGCAAACGAAUUACGGCAGAUGGUGGACGCAGUAUUCUUGCUCAGUAA